CUUUGGAAUGACGAGGUGGAAAAAGCGGAGCACGAGCUUCGGCAGGCCCAGACCGAAUUUGACCGACAGGCAGAAGUAACUCGGCUUCUCUUGGAAGGAAUCAGUAGCACGCAUGUCAACCACCUCCGAUGUCUUCACGAGUUUGCAGAAGCUCAGACCACCUACUUCGCCCAAUGCUACCAAUACAUGUUGGAUCUCCAGAAGCAGCUGAACAGGUUGCCGGGGACCUUUGUGGGCAACGCAGAGUCCACAUCGCCCCCGCCCAGCGCGCCUUCCCCAACGGCCAUGGUUGCUGCCACGGGGCCCGCCGUGCCCACCCUCCCGGUGGUGCCCACAAUUGCCGGAGCGCCCAAUUCGGCUCCGGUGGUUGAAGCUCUGAACCCCAGCGAGGUGAACCCUCCCAGCAGCGGCACUCGGAAAGCCCGGGUGUUGUAUGACUACGAUGGAGCCGACAGCAGCGAGCUCUCCCUACUCUCGGAUGAGAUGAUCACUGUGUACAGUCUCCCAGGGAUGGACCCCGACUGGCUGAUUGGAGAGCGGGGGAACAAGAAAGGCAAAGUCCCAGUCACCUACUUAGAACUGCUGAGUUAAGCGCGCCUGGCAAGGACUCUGCAAGCAAAUCCCCUCUUUCUUUUUCUUCUCCUCCUUUUUGGAAAGGCUGAUUCAUCCCUCGCUCCCACUAUUUAUUAUUAUUAUUGUUAUUACUUGGGGUUUUGGGGGUGUGUGGAUUAAGGCCCCCAAAGGGAUGGUGGUGAAUCAUUUCCAUUCUCCAGGGUUUCGGGCUGACUCCCCUCCAAUUAUCCCACUUGGCUUUGAGAGUCGUUGAGAGCUGCUGGGAAGACACCCCCAGCCCGUUGGGGAUAAUGGUGGGUCAUGAGGACUAGCCACUUUAGAGACCCUUCCUUCCCAUCUUAAUUUUUCCUUCCUUCUCCUCCCAUCUUCCCUCUCUCCUUCCUUCCCUUUCUCCUCCUUC